UGGUUGCUCGCGGCGGCGCUCCGUCGACCCGGCCGCGCGUGCGCGCGCCCGCGAGCGAGGCCCGCGACCCUCCAUUAAAUAGGGGGCAGCCAUCGAAGCACCGGCCGCGGCACCGCUGCAGCGUUCGGGAGGGAACUGCCCCAACAGCCGAAUAGCAAAGCAAAGCGGUCAGGCAGACCCCGCGCCGGCUUGGUGGCCAGGCAGUCGCAAACCAUGGCCAAGAAGGCCGCCGAGAAGGACACAGAGGAAGAGACCGAGAAGCCGGCCGCGGCGCCGGCGCCCGGCUACGCGAGCCUCCCGGUCGCCUACGCCGCGUCGUUGCAACAGCACUACGCGCAGCACGCCAGUCAAUCCACACAACAGACGCCCGGAGACGCGAACGCCCGGGCCUACCAGUCCUACCAGGUCGCCCAGUACAACGCGGCCCUCGCGGCCGCCGCGCCGCCUCGCCCGAAGCCGAAGGGCAAGGACGCGAACAACCCCCACCAGAGACACGGGCGCUGGACCGAGGAGGAGCACACGCAGUUUUUGAGCUUGAUGACGAAGUAUGGGAGGAGCUGGACGAAGAUCUCGCAGUGCAUGCGGACGCGGUCGGAGCCGCAGGUCCGCUCGCACGCGCAGAAGCACUUUCUGCGCCUGAAUCGGCUGGAGAAGGCCGCGAAGGGCGAAGGGGCCGCCCCGGCCGAGGCCCAGUACCCGAAGCCCGAGCGCAAGAAGCAGAAGCGGCGAAAGGUCGAAACGCCGGCCUACGAGCAGCCGUCGUCCGACGAGGCCGGCGUGCCGUCCGCGCUAUUAGCGCAGGGCGUCGCGCUGCCGGGGCCGCCGCAGCAGCCGUACUACGGCCAGGGCGGCUACCCCUACCCCUACAUGGUGCCGCCGCAGCCCGGCGCGGCCCAGCAGCCGUACUACAACUACCUGCCCUUCGCGGCCAUGCCCAACGACCCGAACGCGGCGGCGGCCGCGGCGGCGCCCUGGACGGCGGCGGCGCCGGCCGCGCCGGCGCCGCCGCCGAUGACGCCCGAGGAGCAGCAGCGGCUCUACGCGACGGACCCCCAGGCCUACCAGAUGCGCGUCCUCGCGCAGCUGGCCGCCGCGCCGGGGCCGCCGCUGGGGGCGGACCCCAACAGCAGCUUCUGGUUCGACCCGGCGACGGGCCAGAUCGUCUGCUCGACGGCGCCGACGGAGCCCAUCGCCCACGGCACGCCCCUGCCCGCCGAGCCGCCGGUCAAGGCCGAGGCGGACGCGGGCGACGCGAACUGAGGUCUACUAAGCUAUUUUGUCACACAUUACUGGCCUUUAUGGACUCGGCGAAGUCGUCCUCUGCAUAUUUGAAGGGCGGCUCGCGGUAGAGCCGGUGGAGCGAGAGGAGUAGAGGCGCGCUCGGCUCGUGGUUGACGGGCGCAUGAGAGGUGGCGCGCCACGCGCUCGACGGGAGCCGCUCCGCGAAGGCGCGGAGCGCGACGGCCUCCCGCGCGCCCGCCGGAUGCCCGGGAUAAAUGGCCACGGACACGUGGCCGCCGGGCUUGACACUGCCGAGGGCCCACGAGGCCAGCGCCUCGACCGUCGUCUCCGCGUCCGUCGUCGGCGGCGCCUCGUCGCUCCGGGCGCGCGUCGGGAGAAAGCCGAGGUUAAACGCGACGACCGUCGCUGAUCGCGGCGCCAGGCCCGGGGGCGGCGCGGCGUGCGACUGGGCGCUCGUCCGGAGGCAGGCGGCAUUGGCCUCGCCAGCCUCGUCUCGGACGCGCCGGGCGCAGGCCUCCAGCGCGGCCGCGUCGACGUCCAGCGCAUGGAGCGUGCCGCGCGGCCCGACGAGCGACGCGAGUAUUGCCGCGUCGUGGCCGACGCCGGCCGUCGCGUCCACUGCGAUGUCUCCUUGUCGUAGUGUUGCGCGCCAGAGGCUGUGCGCGAGGCUGAGGUGCGACUGCAGCGGGCCCGCACGCGACGACAAUGCGCGCGCUAAGCGCGCGACGAGUAAUGAGCGCAUCAGUCUGCGCAUCAGUGCUCUCGAUUGUGCACUGCACUAGCGGCGCUCCUGUGCUGUGAGCUGCGGCAGCUUUGCAAGGCGACGACGUCUAGCAUCAAUUACAACACUUGCAUGCAACCAUAAGGCACGUAACCACCUGUGCUAAAGUGAG